AAAACAUUGAUGACGGGGACGGGCCAAUAUUCAAUUCCAGAGCCGAGCCAAUAUAAAAAGUGGAGAUUGGAAUCCUCGCGCUGGUUUGAAUUUGCACUCCACACUCACAAUACACUGAUACAGUAAUACUAAUAGCAUACAUCAGUUUAUAUCAGGUCUGGGGUUUUGUCGAGGAAAAGAAACCCUAAAUACCUUCAAAGUUCGAGAUUAUACGAAAAUGGAAGUGUCAGAUCCUGGUUUCCCCGUACGCAACACCAUGUUCAGUCUGAAUAUCAAGGAGCACAAGACGGAUAUUGUAAUAAGCAGCUACGAAGAUCAUUUUCUUGUUAUUGCAACUCAGAUUGGAAGCAUGGGAACAAUAUUGCAUGCUAGGAAAGAGGAAGGUGUUUCAGUUGAUCCAACUUUCAGUGUCCGUGUGGUAUUAGGUAAAAGAGAUGAGCCCAUGCUAAUCACUUGUGCUCGGCAAUUAAUUGAACACAUAAGUAAAUCUGGAUCGUCAAAAGCAUUAGUGCUGUCCCUUGGUCUCCGAGACCAUUCCAGGGAGACACUCAAGGGCAUAGUUUCUGCUGUAAUUGAGAAAUUUGCCGAGGUAACUUGAUGUGAUUAGAGCAACUGUUCUAAUUUUAAAAAAAAAAAUUGACUUGUCUGGUAAUGUAAACAUGUAGAAUUGCCCGGUCUGCAUAAUUUCUUUGCUUUUGUUCUCUUUUUUUGUCAGUGAGACAUUAGUCAGAUCACUCUCACCACUUGACAUCCAUACUUGAAGUAGCAUAUAUUGAGCUGUAACAAAGUUAUUUACAACAGAA